CCCGAGUAUGAACGCCAAAACCAUAAUAUAACCACGCCUGCUUCCCCUCCAUCCCCCCACCUCCUCCCCCGACGCGAACCAGAAUUCCUCACGCCCGACCCAAACCCCGCACCGCCGGAGCGCCGAAUCCACCCCGCCGCGAUCCGCCCCGAACCCUAGGGAUCCGCCCUGAUCCGCCGCGGCGCCGGCCCCGGCCCCCCCCCGCGCCGCAAACCCUAGGGAUCCGCGGAGCCUCCGCCGGCGGCGGGGCUCCUCCGCGGCUUCCGCGGCAUGGCGGACCUGGUGGGGAGGGCGGUGAGGAAGGCGUUCCCGGGGUUCGGGUCCUUCUCCGGCGUCGUGGAGUCGUACGACGCCGAGGCCGGGUACUUCCGCGUGCUCUACGAGGACGGCGACUCCGAGGAGAUCGACGCGGACGAGAUGGGCUCCAUCCUCGUGGGCGCGCCCAUGCCGCCGCAGCCGGAGACCCCCGGGGGCUCCGCCGGGAAGCGGCCUAAGAAGCGGAGGCGCGGGGACGGGGAGUCCCCGCAGGGGGGCGUUUCGGCGGUGGCCGAGGCCGUAGAUGGAGAUGGGCUGGCAAACGGGCCUGUGCCUGUGCUUGCAACGCCGGCGAAGGAGGGAAGAGGGGGUGGGGAAAAUUGGGAGGUGAUGGCGGAGACGGCGGGGAAGAAGCGGAAGAUUGGCCCUAGCCCAGUUCGUCGGAGCGCGAGGCAAGCGAAGGCGGCGGCAUUGGCGGCUGAAAUGGAGGCGGCCGCUAAUGUAGCUGCUGCUGCAGAGGCUGCCGAGACUUCAUCCGCCGAGGAUGUGGCUCCGGCUCCGAUUGCUGCUACGCCGCAGCAGUCUGGGAGGAAGCGUCAGCGUGCAAUUGGGAGUGGCCGGUCUCGUGCAGUCGCGAGGGAUUUAGAGGAUGCUGCGCUGGAUAGGCCGCUGCAAAAGCCGAACCUGCCACCGUCGUCGCAGGGCCUGGAUUUGGAAGGCCUCCCUGUUAUGGAUGUCUUUCAAGUCUACUCCUGCUUGAGAUCAUUUAGCAAGCAGCUUUUCCUAAGCCCGUUUGCACUGGAGACAUUUGUUGCGGCCCUGCGGUGUAAGCACGUGAACCCCUUGAUAGACUGGGUGCAUUUUGCUUUGCUCCGCUCUCUGAAGAACCACUUAGAAGAUCUGGCCCAUGAAGGAGACCCUCCGGCAAUACACUGUAUUAGGAAUCUUAACUGGGAACUCUUAGACCUAGCAACUUGGCCAAUCUAUCUUGCCGAGUACUUACUGACUCGUGGUUCAGAACUGAGGUAUGGUAUGAAGCUUACAGAUCUAAAGCUGUUAGAUACAGAGUACUAUUGGCAGCCAGCAACAGUAAAACUCGAGCUGCUGCGCUCACUCUGUGACGAUGUUAUUGAGAUUGAGGCUAUACGUUCAGAACUUGGUUCAAGGAUGUCUGAGUUAGAUGGAAAUGACGAGGGCUGCAGAGCUACUGGUUCAAGAAGAAAAAAGAGAGGCUCUUCUGUCGUGGCCCUAGCAGAUUCUUCUCAGCCUCCAGAAGGCUCUGAUGAUAUGGAUGAUGGUAACAGUGACGAAUGUUAUCUGUGUGGUAUGGAUGGCAACCUGUUAUGCUGCGAUGGCUGUCCUUCAGCUUUUCACUCAAAAUGUGUGGGGGUGGUGGAGGACCUAUUGCCUGAAGGAGAAUGGCAUUGUCCCGAGUGUUCGAUGCAGAAGUACAACGGGUCCAGAAAUAUGGCAAAGCUUGUCAGAGGAGCAGAGGUUCUGGGAAGUGAUCCACAUGGACGACUAUACUUUGGCACCUGCGGCUAUCUUUUGGUGGUUGAUUCAUGUGAUGCAGACUCUCCAUGCCAUUAUUAUGGCCAGAUGGAUCUUCAUUCCCUUAUUACAGGGUUAACUCCAUGUCAUCCGUCUUACAAUCCGAUCCUAAAUGUGAUCUCUUUGUUUCGGGGUAUUGCAACUGAAACAUCUAAUAUUAGCGGGCGAUAUGAGAACAGCAAGGAAUGUAGUACCUCGGACCAUGAAACAGACCGCAAGCAGUCAUCACUGAAACAAUCUAGUGAGCAUGAACAGUAUACCAUAGAAAAGCAUGGCUCUCAACAAUUGGAUACUGGGAAAAUUUGCACCUCAAAUUCAGAUCAGGAUGCCUCACACCAGAGUUAUACCCUGAGACGUGCGACAAUUUCUCAAAACGGCAAUGAAACUACUGCUAAUGAGAAGCCCAAUCAAACUUCACAACCUAAUGCAUCUGGUGCCAACAAGGAUAGCUGCAAUUCUAAGCAAGAUGAUGUUGGCUUACAUGUUAAUGGUUUGUCUGCAGAGAACCAGAAAGAUGCAUCACCUACAAAAGAAGCAAGUAACUGCUGUCUCCGUUCUGGGAAUGCUAUGUAUAUAAACUACUACAGUUUCGGUCAAAUAGCAGCAUCGGCCGCUGAAGAGUUAAAGCACAAGCUUUCAGAGAAUGAGGAAGGAAAGAAGCAUGGCCCGGAUGCAGUUUCUUUUCGGCUAAAAACAAUAUGUAAGAAAUAUGUUAAUGUUUUUGCACUGACUGAUCAAAAGUUAUCUGUGGAGCUCCUAAAGGAAAAAUGUGGCUGGUGCAACUCCUGCCAAAUCAGUGGUGGUAGUGAUUGCAUUUUCAGAUUUACUGAUGUUAAGUGUAUGGAGAGUCCUAAGCCAUGUGCUGUUGGUCCUUUGUCAGAAAAGAACAAGGAAAGUCAUAUUGUCCUUGCUACACAUAGCAUGUUGUCAAUUGAAAAACGCCUGAAUGGUUUGCUGUCUGGUCCAUGGCAAAAUCCACAAUAUAGCAUGUAUUGGCGUAAGGCAGUUCUUAUGGCUUCAGAUGUAUCAUCACUGAAGCAGCCUCUUCUCACGUUAGAGUCCAGUCUGCGACGUGUUGCCUUCUCAGGAGAAUGGCAAAAACCAGCAGACUCUGUUGAAGUUGUUGGGUCUGCAGCCCAUAUCUUGGUCCGUACAUCUAAUAAGUCUGCAGGUUAUGCAAUUGCUAGAAAGCCAGGGAGGAAGCCACUUGCUAUUGAGCUCAAAGUCGACUUCCGUGAUGUUGGUGUUUAUUGGUGGAGGGGUGGAACAUUGUCCCGUCAAGUGUUUCACUGGAAGAGGUUGCCUCAGUCAUUGGCCUGCAAAUCUGCUCGGCAAGCGGGACGCAAGAAAAUUCCCACCAUAGUGUAUCCCGAUGGUUCACAAUUUGCCAGGAGGUCCAAAUACAUAGCUUGGCGAGCUGCUGUGGAAAUGGCACAAAAUGUGUCCCAGCUCAUUUUGCAGAUUAAAGAGCUUGAAUUGAAUAUCAAGUGGCCUGAGAUAUUGAGCACUCUCUCUUCUGCAAUUGCAACAAAGGAAACCCAGAAAAUAGCAAGGUUUUUCAAGAAAGUUAUAAUUCGCAGAAAACGUAUAGAAGCAACGAAUGUGGAAUAUCUACUUGAUUUUGGAAAGAGGGAGAAUAUUCCUCCUGUUGUUGCUAAACAUGGAGUAAAAUUUGAGGAGCCCUCUAGCGAGAGGAACAGGUACUGGUUGAGUGAAAGUCAUGUCCCGUUGAGUCUUUUGAGGGCAUAUGAAGCCAAAGCAAUAAAUCGCUCACUUAAAAAGAAAGACAGUGAGGACAGCUCACCUAAAAAGAAGAAAGACACCAAUGACCGCUCACGUAGAAAGAAGAAAGACACUGAUGAUCUUUCUAAGAUGAGCGACUUCAGUCCCGAAAAGCCAAAAAGAUCAAGAUCAGUGUUUGAUGACCUCCUAGAGAAAGCACAAAAACUGGAGGAAGCACAAAAACUAGAGGAAGCACAAAACCUCCUAGAGAAAGCACAAAAACUUCCCAGCAGGCUUUGCGGUCAGUGUUUCAAAACAGUAACUGCCAGGGAAGCUGUGAACUGCAAAUAUUGUGAAGCACUUUUCCAUAGAAAACAUUUCAACGUUCCUAGAGGUGCUGUGGAUACCGUCUAUGUUUGCAACAAGUGCCUAGCUGAAAAGGUCGAGCCGGUGGUGUCUCCACAGAAAAAGGCAGCAUCAAAGAAGAGCUCUCCGAAAAAGAGCUCUUCGAAAAAGAAGCAGAAGAAGCAACUACGAAAGAGUUUAAGGAGAAGAAAACAGAUAGUUAUCAACCUCAAGAAGAAAACCAGCCAGAAGAAUGGCAAGCCUGGCCGGCCUAGAAAGAAUCCAUUGAGUGUGUCAAAGAAUAAAUCACAAAAGAUGUCUGACAGUCAACCAUCAAAUGAAGCCAAGAAUGAACCGGUGAAACGCAUAUCAAAAAGGUUAUAUGAUAAGUACAUGAAAGGCAACUCAGAUAAAUCCGAGCAUACAGCAAGCUGUCGUAAGAAGAAGAGGACAGCUUCGCAUUACUCGUACUGGUUAGAUGGUCUUCGAUGGACACAGAACAUAGCUGAUGAACAGGCAACAAAUUUUAGGAAAGCAAGAAUUGUUUUUCCAUCUGAAGAUGUUAAGAUUUCAGAAACCAGUCCAGUAUGCUGUCUUUGUAAGAAAUGCUACAGUGGAGAUGCUAUUUAUAUUGCUUGUGAGAAUUGUGAAGAUUGGUUCCAUGGGGAUAUAUAUUCUAUUACCAUAGAAAAUGCCAAUAAUCUCAUAGGCUUCAAGUGUCAUGCAUGCCGUCUGAGAGCUGUUCCUGUUUGUCCAUAUGCACAAGCUGAUGCAAUUCUUAAGGAUCAAUCAGACAGGGAAGACACCAUUGAUAGGUCUAUAGAGGACAAGGACAGCAAUUGUCCGAAAGAUCUGUUCACUUCCAAUGAUCUGAAAGAGCUUCACGGUCAUAACAUUGAGGAGCUCCAGAGUCAUAGCAUUGAGGAACAGGUUCCUGAUAGUAUUUGUUUGGAAGUGCUAGAAGAUUAUAAUGAUCUGAAAGAGUCAGGCAGUCAUAGCACUGAGAGAGAGCCAGACAGUCAUAGCACUGAGAGAGAGCCAGGCAGUCAUAGCACUGAGAAAGAGCCAGGCAGUCAUAGCAGUGAGAAAGAGCUUGAUGAUUGUAAUGGGUUAAAGGAGCUGGAGAGCCAUAACAAUAUGGAAGAACUUGACAGUCACAGCACUGAGAAAGAGCUUGAUGAUUGUAAUGGGUUAAAGGAGCCGGAGAGCCAAAACAAUAUGGAAGAACUUGACAGUCACAGCACUGAGAAAGAGCUUGAUGAUUGUAAUGGGUUAAAGGAGCUGGAGAGCCAUAACAAUAUGGAAGAGCUUGACAGUCAUAGUACUGAGAAAGAGCUUGAUGAUUGUAAUGGGUUGAAGGAGCCGGAGAGCCAUAACAAUAUGGAAGAGCUUGACAGUCAUAUCACUGAGAGGAGUCCUCAUGAUCAUAAUAAUCUGAAUGAGCUUGACAAUCACUGGAGUGAGAAAAAGCUUGAUGAUUGUAACUGUCUAACUGAACUUGGCAAUCAUAACAAUGUGAAAGAUCUCGACAAUGAGAACAGUCCAAAAGAGCUUGGUUGUACUGAAGAUAGCAAAUUUUCUGCGGGAGAAACACAAUGUCUGAAAGAGCUGGACAAUCUGAAAGAUCUCGACAAUCUUAACAGUAAAAAAGAGCUUGAUAAUCACAACCGUCUGGACAAGCUUGAUCGCCAUAGCAGUCUGAAGGAGCUUGAAAAUCAUAGUAGUGUGGCAGAGCUUGAUAAUCAUGACUACCCGCGAGGGCUUGAUGAUCAGAACCGUCUGAAUGAUCUUGGUAAUCAUAAGAAUCUGAAAGAGCUUCAUAGUGCUCAAAAUGGCAAAGUUACUGCAGUAACACAUACAGAUGGUUUAAUAGAUGAGCAGUUUAACACUAGAUUAUCUAACAAAGAAGCCAUGAUCAUGACAUCAGAAAGUGAUUUGGUGAAGGAAUCUGUUGCUUUACAAUCAAACAAUAGUUCCAUGGAUAAUGUUGUUCCUGCUGAACUGGAGAUGGAUAUUCAGGUUCCCCUGAGCUUAUUGACUUUGUAGGAUAUAUGUCAAAAGAGCAGUGCAUUCCAGCAUGACUUUCCGUGAGCUUGUACUGUUCAGUCUUGCUGCUGCUUUGGUAGAGAAUUCCUGCUGAUUAGCUUGGGUUGUUGAGCUACCUGACAGCUUAGUUUUGUGCUAUAGGAUAUUACAUUGGUGAUGCAACCCAGUAAUAAUAAUCUACAAAAAGGAAAAAUAUAUGUUUGUGGAUUCAUCGUAUUUUGGCCAUUUCCUUAGGGAAAUAUGCUGACCUGACAAGCGCAGCAUUGGAGCUAUUGACUAUGCCAUCACAAGUGUUUAUUAUGGUAAACAUUCUUGGCUGGGCUGACAUAGGAAAUAUCUGGGUCCCAUUUCCUUCCCAUGCUUUCUGGUCAGAACUUGUGAUUCAUGUUGCACUAUGAGGUUAUGUGUUGAUUGGGAUGUCUUUGAGUACAAGUGGCUGGUUUUUGGUUGUGCUGCACUUACUCAUGAUGCACAAGGCUAAAGAAUGAGUUACGAGUACUAUAUCAUGCUGAAGCAGUGGGAGCUCGUGUUGUUCCUCCUGACGAUUCAGUGGUUAACAUUUAUCCAUAUCAUAUCAAAUCAUCAAGCUGGACGGAGACAGAGAUGAAGCACUCCCUACCGUCGUCGAGCACGAGGCCUUCCCAUUCUCCAGACCUCCCUCGUACACCCAUAGAUGCCGCACCAGACUGACCCCAGUCGACCUGACAUUUCAUUUUAAGUGCCCCCCGGUGCUUCUAACAUCGUUCCAAUGCAAGUGCAACCCUGCCAUGCAGUGGAGCAAUUCAUGUCAGCAUCCUUGAUCUUAUUUUGUAUACAUAGGGUUCCUUUAGGCUUUAGGGGAAAAGCUCAUGCAGUGUAACCGUCAGAUUCAGAUGGGUAGUAGUACCGCUGGUUCAGUUCUGGUUUAGCAAGGCUGCCAGCAUUCUUAGAUGUAAAAAUCUAGUUGCCAGAUCAAGUUUCAGUGCCUUGCCUAGUGAAGUACUGCACUCUGGGUGGUUUUGGGUGAGGCGCUGUGUUUUUUUUCCUUUGUCCAUCAGCUAUUUGGAGAGCGGUGGUGUCCCGUCUGUGUUCCAACUUCUGAGUUCAGAACCAAAGGAAAGGCCGGAACCAGAGGUGGCUUAUCAUCAUCGUGCCGGUGGUGGCGACGGCGGUGCUGGUCUGCAAUGGUUUUGCUGACUUGGAACUGCCGGAACCGUCGGGGCGUUCAGUGCACGGUGAUGACUUGCUGCGUCGAAGUCCAAGUCGUCGGUUGGCUGGUGACGGUUUUAGCAGGCGUCGCUGUGUGAAGCUUGCUGCUUCCUUUGUAAAAUGAACCAGAGGAGCUCUCAUGAAUCCUUUGCUUCGCCAGAACUUUUUGCUGAAAA